UAUAUAAUCAAUCCUACCUAAGUCGGCUUGUAGAAUGUUAAUUUACUCGCAGUUUUUCUUUCUAGUGCGUGACUGCGUGUUUUCCUGCCAAGAAAAUACAAUACAAAAGUUUCUGUUUUGUUAGGAUCCUAUUAGCUCGUCAAAGUUUUACUCAGAAUUCCUAGGAUCCAGCGAAAGACUUGGAUCGCUAACAAAAUCCAAGAAACCCUUUGUACUUGGAUCACUGACUAAGGCUCUGAAGUCUGAAAUCUUUACACACACGCAUACACACACUGUCGAGGUGGGAUUAAUGUUGGUGAUCAAUCAAGAACUCAUUUUUGUGCAGCUUUACUAGAAGAAGAGAGACGUCCUGAUCCAUUUUCUUGAUCAAUAUCGAUGUCAAAGCAAGAAGAGCAGUGAUCAUAUAGGGAAAGAAGCAAGAAAGCAGGUUUUGUUUUGGAGAAAAUUUAGAUUUGUUUCUUCCUUCUUUUGCUGCAAAGAAUGAGCAGUAAAGAGCCAGUAAGUUUGGAUGAUGAGCAAUUAGCAGAGCUUCGAGAAAUCUUCCGAUCAUUCGACAGAAACAACGAUGGAAGCCUCACGCAGUUAGAGCUAGGAUCGCUGUUGAGAUCGCUAGGCCUAAAACCAAGCCCUGAUCAGCUUGAAACUUUGAUCCAAAAGGCUGACAGAAACAACAAUGGUUUAGUUGAAUUUUCAGAGUUUAUUGCUUUAGUAGCGCCAGAACUUCUACCUGCCAAAUCUCCGUACACGGAGGAGCAGUUGAAGCAGUUGUUCAGGAUGUUUGACAGAGAUGGCAAUGGUUUUAUUACUGCUGCAGAGUUGGCUCACUCCAUGGCCAAGCUUGGACAUGCCUUGACUGCUGAAGAGCUUACUGGGAUGAUUAAAGAAGCUGAUACUGAUGGAGAUGGAAGGAUUAGCUUUCAGGAGUUUUCGCAGGCGAUUACUUCUGCUGCUUUUGAUAAUUCUUGGAGUUAAGAUUUGGGAUGUUAUCAGGUUAGACAUCAAGUACUUAGGCCGAUUGUGCUUUCAGAGGAGAGUGUGUUCCCUUCCGGAAAGAAGUUUUUCAGUCAUAAGUUUGUAGAAACUUUGCUGAAAGCUGAAUAUCAUUGGCUGCCUCGUAGGCAUAGCAAGGCUUUUGUUUUGUAACAAGGCCAGUUCAUUACUGUUUCUUUCCCCUUUUCUGUCUAUGUAUGGAGUGCUUCUCCUAUUUCCUAUAAGAUAAGAAGCUUCUGCACUUGUAUAAAGUUUAAUUUGUGUACUGCUUUUGCCUAAAGAGGUAUGAAUUUUGCAAUUUCAA